GGUAUGCUAAACGAGGAAUGAAAAAAAUUCGAGCUCAACACAGGAACUAUGGAAAUGUAGCAAUUGUAAAUGAGUUCAAUACCUCGAAGAUUUGCCCAUAUUGCUUUUCCAAACUUAUUCUUCAUCACGCCCGCAGGAACAUUAAUGGAAAAGAGCGGACUGUUCGCCUCCAUGGUGCAGUAGAAUGCGUUCAUCCUCGGUGCCCAGCAAGAAAGUUAAAUUACACAACACGAGGAAGGGACACUAAUGCAUCUGCAAACAUCGCUCUGUCUGGAGCAUCGAUUGUUCUAGCUGCUGACCGUCAGCCCCUUCCUCCGUUUCGUCGUAAUUCAUCUAAUCAAACAAGGUACAACCUUGUAAAAGAACUUUCUUUAGUCGCGACACCAGGAUUGGUUCCUCAUGACUUCAUUCGUGAUGAAUGA